AAUAAAAUGUCACACACAUGAAUGAACAAUCGAUUCGUAAACCUCUGCUUGAAUUAAUGUCCGAGCACAUAAAGAAUGCAUGUUUCAAGAUUUGGCUAACCUAAAAUCUAACGCGUCUCUGUUUUUUUUUAUGCAAAGUCCAAAGUGGACGUAAACUUCAUGUCGAUGGCGAUCAAUGAGUGUUAAAAGUUUUGGAGCACGUAUUAAGUUGUUGGAGAAAUCGUGAAAAGAAAAGUGAAUAAACAUAUUAUAAUUUCCAUGAAUUUUCAUCGCUGAUAAAUUUGUUGUGCAGUGAUUUUGAAUAAAUAUUAAAUAAAAUAAAAGUUAGGUUAUACAUUAGGUUAAGAAAUCAAAUACGAUUAUAUAUACUUAUAUGCAUUUAUGAAAGAAAAUAUUAAGGCAAAAGUUGUAAUUCAUAAUAUUAUGUUUAAAUUAAUUUUAAAUUCACUUGUUUUAAUUUAUUAACAACUUUGAUUACCAAUAUAGCAUAUUGUUACGACAAUAUAACACAUUCACAUUUUCUAAUUUUAAUUUAGAUAUAUUAGUAUAUAAAUUGGAUUGUUGUAAAAACAGUAAAUUGUACAAAUAAAAUAUAAUCGGGUAUUUGCAAUUUUGCUAUAUAUGACGUUAAUAAUGAUAGUUUAUCGCAAGUCUUAAACAUAUGGGAGAGGCAUUCAAUGAUAGCUUAGAAAAGUUGCGCAAGAGAAGUCGAACAUUAUUAGCACAUGUUGAUGAAAAUUCUAAACGGAUUGAUGCUGAAGUGAAGAAAUUACGUUCGAAAACAUUAUCUUUGAUAAAUUGCUGUAAUCAUAUGAGUCAAGGCAGUAUAAGAAGAAAUACUAAUUUAUGGAAAUUGCGCAAUGAUUCAAGCGAAAUUAAUGCUGUUUUAAAUCCAGAUUACUUUUGUGUCAGUCCUAAACGUACAACUAUGUCAGUGCCAAACACGACGUUGCCUGGAAAACUAACACUAACAUCUAAAAAACCGCAAGAACAAUUUGCACCUAGAAAACCAGUAAAAGAAUGUUAUUGUAAUUAUGAAGGGAAUAAGAAACACAUAAAAUCAUCAUUGAACUCUCAACGCAAACCUGCCUUGCCUUGCCAUCAUUGUAAAAGCCAACUUGAAUUUAAAUUAAUAAGAGAAACUGAAGAUAAGCUUGCACUAACUUCGCCAAUUAGCUGUGAAACAUUCAGGAGAGUUAAAAAGAUCGAUUACACGCCUAGAUCUCAAUUCCUUCGCAAUGUACAGAACAAAAUCUGCAAAUUACAAACUGGAGGUGAGGGAGAUUGCUUGCGAACAUGUCCGCGAUUGUCCAAUUAUCACAGAUUUAUGACAAGCCCGAAGAUGCAAGAUACCAUUCUUGACGAAAAACUAACAUUGCCAGAUGAACACAAGCAUGUCGAUAAGAAGCAAUCAUUUCCAGCAUCCCUAAGAACGCCUGUAAAUUCACUGGCGAGCGAACGAAGCGAAUUCGACGAUGUCGCCUGCACUUUGAGCAAAGGAAUUCGAGUGUCUUCGCGAAAGUUGUCGAAGUCAACAUUACGAAAGACUAUUAGAUCUAAGAGGCAAAUACCAAAGUCAAGCGAAAGACCUACCUCGAAAUCGCCGACACGAAGUAAAAGAACAACGCAAUUGCGCAAACAAGAUUGUCCUUGCUGUUGCAGGAACGAACCGAGCAGGGCCGUGAAAUUUGACAAAGAUGAACAUGUACGAAUGUACAGUUUGCCGGAAUAUUGCGAGCAAAGAGACCGGUGCUUGAAGCAUGAUGAUGGUUUUGCAACUGAUUCUGUGGACCAAGAUGUAGAAGGUUUGAGAAAAUUUCGAGAGCAGAAUUAUUUCGAAACGCAUGGCUCGAGUUAUACAUUGACGUCGUCUAGAUCGUCGGGAUCUUUGCAACAGUAUCUGCUGAACGAACGUCUUUUUCCGGAGUCGGUAGGCAAGAUUCAUAAGCAAGAUUUGAUGGUGACGAUGCCGCUGUGUGCGACGGUGCAGAAAAAGCGCAUCCAUUACUUUCCUAAAUACGUGGUGCGACAAGAAAAGAAUGCCUGCAAUACCAAUUAUAGGCGUAAACGGUGCCAAAGCUGUCCUCUCACCGGUCAUGCCAUUGAUCUUGGAGUCCUGAAGGCCAGACCGCCGCUAAAUAGCUUGGCGCUCAAAUAUCAGAAAAGAGUUCCUUGAAACAAUGGCAGCAAACACAGACAUGCAUAUUCUAAAAUCUUGUUUUUUAUAUUUUUAUUAUAUAUUCUUAAAUCCAUAUAUAGAACAGAAUAGCUUUUUUAUCUCAAAGAUUUGAAAAUGUAAAUUUUAACACUGAUUGUGUCACAAUAUUUAUAGGUGUAUUCUCUUUUGUGCUAUAUAUAAAAUUUAUCUACAAUUCAUGAAUUGAUGUAAAAAAACAAGGAAAUAAAUCAUAUUAUAUCUCUGCAAAU